ACUUUGAUGAUGUGACGAAACAGUGGUGGUCUUGUUUUUCUCGUUAAAAACUCCGAUGCGCGCCAAGUACAGAAGCCGAUCACGUCACUUCAUGACAUCCAUAGAUUUUAACUUCUUCGGUAUCGACUUCCCAGCAAAGUCGUUGUUUGGCUGGUUGUGUGAAUAGUCUGUGCGUCCUGUCACCUGUUGAUUUGCAAAAUGUAGUUAUAAAUGGCAUCAACAUAACCUUAAUUAUAACUUUAAUGUCGAAAGAUAACUCUAAAUAUUUUGGAUACAGGUCGCUUUUGGAGCUAUGGCAGGUUUUGAGGAGCCAGACUUGUUUCAGGUUUCUAUUAAAGCUCUGAAACCUUCUACACAAGACAUGGUUUGCAGCUUACUGAAUCCCUUGAAAGUUAUUCCAACAGAUGAAGGCCUGCCAAGGGACUGGAGAGGACUGGCACAGUUGGUUGGCCUGCACGGUGAAAAAAUUCCUCAGGUUUCUACAAACCCAAAUCCUACAGAACAAGUUUUAAAACAAUGGCAAGAGAACUCCAUAGGAUUACUACAGAAGUAUUUGGGAGAGCUGGAUCGAUGGGACAUUGUAGAUGACACUGAAGUUCUAAUGAAAAAUGAUGCCAUUGAAUACCUCAAGUCUGUUGAGAGGGCUUCCUCAUCAGCUUCUGUUCUAGAUGUGGAAACAGAUAAGCAGAUACUCACCAGAGAUGAUGUUAUUCGUGCAGAGAAAGGCUUAAAGCCACAAACUUACAGUGCCUUUUUGCUGUAUGCAGAUGAAGAUGAGAAUUUUGCAAUGCAGGUUGUAGACCAGAUGGAAACAAAGUACAAAUUGAAGCUGUGUUUACGAGAUCGUGAUUUGAUUGGUGGUCUUGCAUUUGAACACGAAGCAAUUAUGAGACUAAUAUCUGAAAGGUGUAACCGGUUAAUUGUUGUUGUCUCUCCGAGCUUUCUUAAAAGUGAAGCAAACAAAUUUUUUGUUACAUUUGCUCAGGCUCUUGGCAUUGAUCAGAAGCACCGGAAAGUUGUACCCGUGCUGUAUCAGAAGUGCCAACUACCUCCCGAGCUGAGUUACUACUUCCUACUGGACUUCACUCGACCUGGCCACCUCUGGAAUUUCUGGGAGAAACUGCACGAUUCUAUUGCAGCUCCGAGUGCAAAUAGCAGGACCACAAGAGACUUCAGCAGGACUGAAGAAAUUACAAUAAAGAACAACAUAGAUGACAAAUUUAAGGAGCCUACGGCUAGUGGACUGCCAUACCAUUCAGCACCACAUGACAUACAUGGGAGUGCUUUAUAUAAGCCUCGCAGUUUGAAAGAUAUACCAUCAGAUUCAUUGUUCACACCUGUUAAGCAACAUACGUCUUCUGAUGGCAAACGUCUAAAGAAGAGCAAAUCACCAAGUCUAGAAAAUCUCAAACCGAAGGCUUGGUUGAAGCGAUUUCUGCCAUCGUCCAGUCACAAGAAGAAAGGCAGUAAAGUAGCAGAAGGAUAUGAAUGCUAAAAGAAAAAAAAAAACUUGUUACAAUAAAGAUUUUCUCUUCUCAUAAAUACCUUAUGAUAGUUCUUUCACAUUCCAUAAAUGUGUGUAAAUGUAUAUAUGGAUGUAAAUAAUUAAUUUUCUGCCGAUGUUGGAAUUGUAAAUAAAAAAAAUGUGAUACUGUACUGCUACAGUGUCCGUUUUCUCCAUAUUUGUUAUUAAAAUAUAUAUUUUAUUACAAAACUAAGGCAUUUUAUGAAGUUCUGAAAGAAGGGACAGGCAUUUGAUACUCCAUGUCCCACAAGUGAACUAUCUGUUGUACUGUAAUUCUGUACAAAAUGUAACAUUAUCUGUAUGUGUUAUCCACAACAAAAAAAGCUUUAUUUAAUAGUUUAUGAGCAAUCAGAUGUAAUUUAAAGAUUUAUUUUUUAUACAAAUAUACUAUACAAUUAUACUCUAGACUUUUAAACAAAAACUAAUUUUUUGAAGUAGUUUGUUGUAAAAUUUACUGCCAGCUGUAAAGUGUUUUAAAGACUGUAUAGAAGAAAGUGUUCUCUCAUGAAGGAACAUAAAUUUAUAUUCGUUUUUUCUUGCUAUUGAAAGAUGGACGGAAGCAAUGAAGGUUCCAUUAGCGCUCUGA